CUGCUUCCAAGAUCAUGGUCAGGUCACUGCCUGCAGGAAGCCCUCCCUGAUUGUACUGUCCUCAGACCCCCCCCCCGGUUCUCCGUCAGCUCCUGCCGCUAGAAUCACCCACAUUCUCCCACAAGCCAAGUGUGUCUGGGGUUGAAGUCUCUGCUAGAAAAGCCCCCAGGAGAGGCACUGCACAUCCUCACGGGCGGCUCUGCCAAGGGCCAAGGCCUCCUUCCCCACCUCUGCCUCCAGGGCACACGGCCACAGCAAAGCCCGAGGUGCCCCGUGGAGGUGGGCUGGGGGUCCAGAGGUGCCCUCCAGGCCCUCCUGCAGGGGCCCCCUGCCCAGACCUCGGCUCCCACUCGGCCCCACAUCCCUGGAUCCUGCAGCUCCCCUGGGCCCAACAGGAAAUCCAAUCCUCCAAACCAGUUUUUCCAGAAGCUUCCAUGCCCCCUGGCCCAAGUGAGUCAGCCUUCCCCACCUGCCACCCCCCACCCCAUGCCAGUCACCACCCUGGCACUGAGCCCUGUGUCCCGCUUCCCAGGGCCUCAUCAGCACCCUGCCUCCCCCCUGUGGCUGAGGACUUGUGGGGGGGCCUCCGAGCUCAGGGCAUUUUCUCUGGGUCAGGGUGCGGGGAACCCCCACAUUAUCUGCCUCGUCCAUCCCGAACCCAGAGACACUCAACAAGCCCCAGGGACCAGCCAGCCAGACCGGCAGCCUCGCCAGGCUUGGAAGGCUGAUGUGGGGCCACCGGGGACUCCUGCCUCCCCCUCUGCCCCCCCAGGACCGGAAGGCACAGAAACCCCCCCUCCCUGCUCUGGGCGGGUUCCGCGGUGCAGUAACUGCUUCAGGAGGGGCAGCGCUUCUGGUGGCUGCUUCCGGCACUGCGAUGCAGGCCUGACCUCCCACCUGGGAGUCAGCUCGGGAGCCGGCUGGCGCAGGGGCUGCCAGGAGGAAAGGCCAGGGCUCUGUACCCCAGACCUGAGUGGCCGAGCCUGUGCUCCGAAGAGCCUUCGGCUGGCUCUGACCCCCACGCUCCGGCCCAGGGCCGCCCUCUCGGCAGCAGGCGCACCCCCACCAGACCUUCUGGAGUGUGUCUUCAGCAGGGACAGCUGCUGGCACAGCCCAGGGUCAGUCUCCACCUGUGUCCUGGCCCCACUCACUGCCAUCGUGACCUGCCAGGCAGGGACCCGUCAGGGCCUCUGUGGGUCCCACCACACCGUCCAGCAAGGUCUGCCCGGCGCAACUGAGAGGCCCUGCUGGACUUCACCUCCCCCGCCCGGUCCAUGCUCACCACUUCCGGCACAUCCGGCAUCCACGCCCCACCCGCGGCCUCGUCCAGCCCCGCUCCCCAGGUCCAGACAUCUCAGUGGAUACUUUGCUUCCCUGGGGUCCUUUCUCAGGGCCCCUGGGGGUCGACCUAGCAACCCUGAACGCAGGGCGAGCACCUCCUCCUGACCCCGGCCCUGGGGCAAGUCGCCGGGCACCCCCAGGGCACUGGCACAGGCUCAGGAUGGUGACCCUAUCUGAGAGUGGGAGUGGAAGGCCAGAGACCAAGGGACCAGGGCUGGGAAGGGGAGAGAAAAAGGACAGGGCAGUGGGCUGCAAAGUCAGCUGAGGACUUCUUCCCGGGGGAGGUGGUCCCCGGCCCUCGGGGAGGUGGUGGGGGUUGGGGGACAGCGC